GACUUGUUCUUAACUACAACGUGACAUUAUUUGUGUCCUUAAGCUGUGUGCGGUUUCCAGGAACAUGUAGCACUUUCAAUCAAUGACGUGUCCCAACAUCCACCGUGUCACGGUUUUACGAGGCACUUCGAACUGAAGAUGAGCAAUUCGUUUUUUUACUGGUAAUGGUGGAAUCCCGCUUUCUUCCGCUUUCUGAAAGACACCGCACGCAUCGUUCGACGAAUUCGGCUUUCCUGACCAAUGUGUUCAAGGUGCUGUGGAUCGACGCACUGCGGCUGACCCUGUGUACUGUGGCUUACUUCUUUUGCAUCUUCGCAAGGGUUCCUGCGCUCGAGCUUCUGAUCAAGAACAGCGGUGAGAAUGACAUGACGAUAGCGUCGUUGCUGUUCAUGGUGACCUGCGUGGGAGAGUGGCUCAUUUCUUGCUACCACAUGGAGUUACUCUCUCUCAUCGGCUGCCGCGUCCGGUCUCUUUUGCAGGGAAUUAUCUUCAGAAAGGCGACGCUGCUGUCUACCGCGGCUGCCAAGCCCGUGGGCUACGUGGCAUCCCUUCUAGGCGUGGACUGCCUGCAGCUUUGCAACUGCGUCCACACUCUGCCGCUGCCCACAUGUGGUAUCCUGACGCUGCCGCUUCUCUUUUGGAUGUUGUCGAAGAGGGUGGGAGUAGUGCCUACCGUCUGCUGCGCCGCCUGGGCGGUCAUCACGCUUCUCGUCUCUUUGGUCUCCCUGUACGCACAAAGGCGCUUCUGGGAUGUAGAGAUUAAAGCCCGUGACGAGAGGCUGAAAUUCAUGACUGAUCUGCUGUGCAACAUCCGCGUCGUCAAGAUGUACGCCUGGGAAGACGCCCUCCAGGAGAACGUGCUCAGGUCGCGGAAGGGGGAGCUCAAGUGUCUUCUGAAAUUGAAUUUGCUCGCCGCAGUCCUGGACUCUAUUUGCAGCUCAUGCAGCACCGUGAUGACGAUCAUCCUCUUUGCGAGUAUGUCGGUGUUCGAACCCGACCGUGUUCUGAGCCCGGAGCUUUCUUUCUCGUGCAUGUCCUUGUUGUACAUCACCGACCUGACGACCACUGGUCUUGCUCUCGCCUUCAGGAAUAUAACUAAGGGUUCACUAUCACUGAAACGGAUGUCUUUAUUUUGCGCGGCCGAAGAGUACGACGACGAAGAGAAGUCAAACGCGAAGGAUUAUUUUACGAGAAUCGGGACCGUACGCCUUCAAAACUGCACACUAGCGUGGAACAAUCCAAGCAUGAAAGGCGAGGAGCCUAAACUUAAGAACGUCACGGUUGAUGUUGAACCUGGAUCCCUCGUGGGAAUCGUUGGCUUCGUCGGCAGCGGCAAGUCGUCGCUGCUGUCGGCCGUUCUAGGAGACAUGCUGUGCCUCGAAGGCAGUAUGAUGUCCAAGGGCCGCAUAGCGUACGUGCCUCAGUUGCCGAACGUGCACAACAUGACUAUCCGGGACAACAUCUUGUACGGCCGGCCCAUGCAUCCGGGCAACUAUGAGCGCGUGCUUCGCUGCUGUCAGCUCGUGAACGACCUCAACAAGAUUCCUGCCGGAGAUGCGGCUGAGAUUGGGGAGAAGGGCAUCAAUCUGAGCGGAGGACAGAAGCAGCGAAUCUCACUCGCUCGCGCGGCCUACAGUGACAGUGACAUCUACCUCAUAGACGACCCUCUCAGUGCACUGGACCCUCUAGUGGCCAACAAUGUAUUCCGCGAUGUGAUUGGAGAGUGCGGCCUUCUCAGAGACAAGACGCGCAUUGUGGUUUGCAAUCAAGGUACGUACUUGCGUCACAUGGAUAAGAUUGUGUUGGUUUACGACAAGAACGCCAGGGUGUACGCGACUCUCGAAGAGUUGCUACGAGACCCAGCGUCACCGCAGAAUUUCCAUCUCUCACUGAGACAGAGGCGGCAUGCUUCUGGUACCGCAGACAGCGCGGUCUUUGAACAGGGCGAAGAAUGCGACGCUGUCAGAAGAAUUACGGAUGAAGAGAUGGCACGGUCAAAAUUGACGUCCUGGCAGCUUUUCAUGGGCCUCACCCGCUUCUCUCAAUGGCCAGCGCUGCUGGGAGUCGCCCUUCUAGCCGCUUCAGCCGCGGCCCAGGCAAUGCAGCAGCUCUGGAUGAAGUUUUGGACGGAUGCGUCGACUGCCGACCCGGACAGGGCGACCGGCGCCCGUCGCUACUGGAUUGGAGUACUAGUCGGCAUCUGCGUCGCCAACGUGCUUUGUCGACUGCUGGGCGGUGUGCUGCUGGCGGCUACAGCGCGCCUCAUGUCCGGCUCGCUGCACCGCGCCAUGCUAGACGGUGUCCUUCGCAGUCCGGUGUCCUUCUUCGACGCGUCUCCCCGAGGAAGGGUGCUGAACCGGUUCGCCGGAGACCUGGACUUCGUGGACGCCGAGUCGUUCGUGAGCGGACUGCAGUGCGUCCAGGGUUCGCUGCUCACCGUAGCCAGCGUGGCCGUAGUCGCGACGCAGGUGCCACUCGUGGUUGCGGUCACAGCAGUCGUCGCCAUUAUCGCCGCUUCUGGAUUUGUCAUGGCAGUGAGGGUGUCUCACAGUUCGCGUUACUUGGACAGCGUUGGCGCGUCGAAGCUCUUGCAGCACAUGACCGAGACGCUGGAGUCGUUAAGCAGUGUGAGGGCUUACGGUGUCCUCGACCGAUUCCGACGGCACUUCUCCCGGCUGUGCGAUGUAAGCAUGCGGGGCUACGCCUCCUACGGCGCCUGCUAUCGCUUCACGCGUUCCCUGACGGCGCUGGGAGGAUUUGCGGUCGUCCUCUCUUCUUUCCUACUGAGCACUGUGGGCUCGGCUGCACCAGAUCCCAGUAGACUGGGACUCGCACUCAGUGCGGCCACAUCGGUUCCGUUGGCAUUGAUGAGCCUGUGCACGAAACUCUUUAACACGCUACAGAUGAUGGUUUCGUUCGAGCGGUGUCUCGAUUACACGGAACUACCUCCUGAGUCAGAGGUUGAUUCGCCUUUCGAUGGAGACAAGCAAGCACCGAUAACGACAACACUGCCGGAGACGUGGCCGUCAGAUGGCGUCGUCGAGUUUCAAGAUUACUCGGCCUCGUACCGACCAGGAAUAGCAGCUAACGUCCUCGACGGCGUCUGUUUCUCCGUGCAGGCGAUGGAGAAGGUUGGCAUCGUUGGACGUACAGGGGCAGGCAAAUCAUCUCUAGUGCUUGGCCUUCUUCGCAUCCUUAAAGGCUCGAAGGGUCGCAUCCUGAUUGACGGUGUCGACAUCACCCAUGUGCCGCUGAAGAAACUUCGUCGAACCGUUACCGUUAUUCCUCAGGACCCGAGCCUAGUGCGAGGCACUCUGCGCAUGAACCUCGACCCGACCGGGGCGCACUCUGAUGAGCAGCUCUGGCAGGCGCUGCGACGAGCUCACUUGGCACCUCUGGUAAAAGUUCACCCGGCGGGUCUGGACAUGGAGACUGCGGACGGAGGCGCCAAUUUCAGCGUCGGUCAGCGCCAGCUAGUCUGCCUCGCCCGCGCCCUGCUCCGUGGCUCCAAGGUACUGCUACUGGACGAAGCCACCUCGCAGAUGGACGGUGACACGGACCGUCUGAUCCAGGCCACGCUCAGGGAGGCCUUCGCCAACAGCACACUCAUCGCCAUAGCACAUAGGAUACACACAGUGCUCGACUACGACAGAAUUCUCGUCAUGGAUGAAGGAGAGGUGAGGGAAUACGACACCCCCACUUCGCUGCUCUCCAACCCCGACAGCGCUUUCUUCAAGAUGGCCGCGGACGCUGGCGUCGUAGCCCAGCGAAAGUGUUACCCGCUUGCCAUAACUUCUUUAUGACCUUGCGACUCCGCAAUAAGGCAGGAUUCACACGAGGAGCACCAGACAGCGUGACACAGCCUACAUAGUGACAGGGACAAGCAUCGACCUGGCGACGUUUACUGCGCGUGUACGGUGCGAAUAUUCGUCACACUGCCAAAAAUAAUGAAAUACAAAUUGCCUUUCUUGUUUGCCUGAUGGGUACCCAUUGAUCGAGCUGCCAUAGUGGAUAAAUGGCAGCGCUGUUUUCCUGCUGUGGACGACGUUGUCGCUAGUUCGAUUGCUGGCUGUAGGAUAAAGAAUGUGCACCUGCGGAUGAAACGUGGUCACAAGUGUUCUUUUGGUUCCAGGUGCAAAGAUUUGAUGAAUUAGCAAAGAAACCAAUAAGGCUACUUAUUAUGCAGAU